UUCCGCUGUCCUCACCCGUUGCUCGUGGCGCUGCUGCCCCCCGCCCCGCGUUCCCAAACCAGGGCACCGGGGUUUUAGGGACGGGGCAGACACCGAGAGUGUGGACACCAAGGCGGGGGCUGCCUCGUCCACCUGAUAGUGUUGCAGCACCUGCUCAUCCCUAGAGCUGGAAAACGGCCCGAGUGCCACACGGGCAGGAGGAUCGAGCCGCCUGGAUUGCGCUGGGGGCAUCAUGGAAGCGGGGAGGCAAAGGGAUUUCUGAAGCUGCCUGUCUGCCUUGUACCGUGUCGGACCUUUGGCCCUUUCGACCUGCCCAGACUGCAUACGCAGCAGCACUCCAGGUUUGCCAGUCCUGGGGCCGAAGAUGCUCGGGAUUGAAGCAGGGACCCAAUGAAAUAUAGGAGCUGGGUUCCGCAUCGAGAGGUGUUCUGGGUCUGCCCACGAAGGCCAUGGAGAAGAAGUCGGAAGACAAUUUUAGCAUCAGCUCUCUGAACAUAUUGGGAGACUUCCUCAGAAAAUAUGUGACGUGUCUGGGCCAUCUUCACCUGCUCUACAUGUGUGCCUGCCUCAAUGCCCUCUGUUCCUAUACAGAGGCAAGCUGGAGCAGAAGCGUUUGCAGACCAGGGAGGCCUCUGCAAGGGCGUCCUUUGAGGUCACAAGAUAGCAUCCAACUCCAACGGCUGGAUGGAUUUCAUUCUGUUCGUUCUUGUCAAGCUGCUUGCUGUCAGAGCCCUGCCUGUGAUGCCUUUUGGCUCACAGGAAAGAUGUGCAUCCAGGUGAACUGUAUGCAGUCUCACUGGUGUAAGACAGUCUUGACUCACACCACUCACAGCAAACACUCCUCCAUCUUGGUGUUUGUUGCAAAGCCUGAACAUCCAGUAGAUUUCCUGCCUGCAUCGGAUGACAGAAUUCCCCUUCCUAGGUGGUUGGAUGGGAACAAGGAACAUCAAAGUAAAGCAAGACUACGAAGAUCCUUCCAAGAGCCUCCAGCACAGAGGGCACAUGUAGUGCAUGCCAGGGGAAGCCCACUAAGGAGGGACACAGGCUCCAGUAAUGGAAGUGCAUCAAGCCACCCAGUUCCAUUAGAGCCAUUGAAUAUUAAAUCUCCUCCUAAGGAUCCUGCAGAACCUCAGUCUUCCAAACAAGAAGCAAAUGUUCCCAGAGAUGGUGCUAAUCCAGAAGAAGUCCCACUGCUCAACAGUGAAGAUUCAAGAGCACCGAACCCCCAAAGCCCCCCAUCUCUUCCUCUCCGCAAUAAUGUGAACAAACCAAGUGACCUUGCUGGGAGUAGCUCCCUGGGGGCUGCUGCAGGUGCUUCCACGGCAGAACCCUCUCUAGCCACCACGUCCCCCAGUCCUCUUGGGAUCUCUGAGAAAGCCAAGCCAUUCAACAGCACUUCCACCCAGUCCCUGUUGUUGGAGGAGAGCAUUCCAACUUCGAGCAUCCUUAAGGGGAAGGAUAUUGGGAAGGGUCAGAAGCUGAUCCCGGUUCCAACUGGCAGUGCCAUCAAUGUUAGUGCUACUGCGGUCCCGACAAAUCCUGCUGUGUUACCCAGCACUGCUGCCCCAACACCAGUUAUUAAGAAGCUUGCAGUUUCUGCUGGAGACAGCGUCCAGGUAACUCUACCAAAGAAUGAAGUGGAGCUGAAUGCGUAUGUCUUGCCUCCACCACCUAAAGGAACUAGCUACUCGUAUGACUGGAGGCUGAUCACACACCCUACUGACUACAGUGGAGAAAUGGAAGGCCAGCACUCACGGAUUCUCAAGUUAUCCAAGCUCACAGUCGGCCUGUAUGAAUUCAAUGUGAUAGUAGAUGGCGAUAAUGCACAUGGAGAAGGAAUGGUAAAUGUGACAGUUAAACCAGAACCUCGAGUGAAUCAACCCCCUGUGGCCAUUGCAUCGCCCCAGUUCCUAGAGAUCUCGUUGCCAACCACCUCUACAGUCAUCGAUGGCAGCCAAAGUACCGAUGAUGACAAAAUAGUCAGCUACCACUGGGAAGAACUGAAGGGGCCUCUUCGGGAGGAGAAGGUGUCUGCAGACACUGCUAUUCUGACACUUACCAACUUGGUGCCAGGGAAUUACACAUUCAGCCUCACUGUGGUGGACUCAGAUGGUGCCAGCAACUCCACCACUGCUAGUCUGACCGUGAACAAAGCAGUGGAUUACCCUCCUGUGGCAAAUGCAGGCCCCAACCAGGUGAUCACACUGCCCCAAAACUCCAUUACGCUCUAUGGCAACCAGAGCACAGACGACCAUGGCAUUGUCAGCUACGAAUGGUCCCUCAGUCCCAACAGCAAAGGGAAGGUGGUGGAGAUGCAGGGAGUGAGGACCUCAACUCUGCAGCUCUCUGCCAUGCGUGAAGGUGACUACACUUACCAGCUGACGGUGACAGAUUCCGCUGGCCACCAGUCCACUGCCGAAGUCACGGUGAUUGUGCAACCCGAAAACAACAAGCCACCGAAGGCAGAUGCUGGCCCAGACAAAGAACUGACCCUCCCUGUGGAUAGCACCACUCUGGAUGGCAGCAAGAGCUCAGAUGACCAGAAGAUCACCACCUACCUUUGGGAAAAAACACGGGGCCCAGAUGGUGUGAAGCUGGAGAAUGCCAACAGCAGCAUAGCCACGGUCACUGGGCUUGAGGUUGGGACAUACGAAUUCACGCUGACUGUCCGGGAUGAGCGGAACUUGCAGAGCCGCAGCUCCGUCAAUGUCAUCGUCAAGGAAGAGAUAAAUAAGCCGCCCAUGGCAAAGGUUGCUGGGAAUGUCAUCAUCACCCUUCCUAGAAACACAGCAGAGCUUGAUGGGUCCAGAUCAACAGAUGACAAGGGAAUUACCACCUUCCUGUGGACACGGGAUGAGAGCAGUCCUGCAGCUGGAGAGGUGUUAAAUAAUUCAGACCACCAUGCGGUGCUCUUCCUCUCCAACCUGGUAGAGGGAAUGUACAAGUUUCAUUUGAAGGUGACUGAUGCCAAAGGGGAAAGUGAUGUGGCCAGGGCCACCGUGGAAGUGAAACCUGAUCCCAGGAAAAACAGCCUUGUGGAGAUGAUACUGGAUGUGAAUGUCAGCCAGCUAACAGAGCGGCAGAAGGGCAUGUUUAUCCGCCAGAUAGGUGUUCUGCUGGGGGUCCUGGAUUCAGACAUCACUGUGCAGAAGAUCCAGCCUUACACUGAGCAGAGCACAAAGAUGGUGUUCUACGUGUGGAAUCAGUCUCCUCACCAGGUCUUGAAAGGACAUGAUGUCGCACGGACACUCAAAAGUGAGCUGCGGAAGCAGCAGUCAGCCUUCCUCAUCUUCCGGGCACUGGAGAUCAAUACUGUCACGUGCCAGCUGAACUGCUCGGAGCACGGGCACUGCAACUCCUUCACCAAGCGCUGCGUCUGUGACCCGUUCUGGAUGGAGAACUUCCUUCGAGUACAGCUGGGGGAUGGCGAGAGCAACUGUGAAUGGAGUGUGCUCUACGUCGUCAUUGCAUUGUUUGUCAUCGUGGUCUCCUUCGGGAUCUUCUUUUGGGUGGUGGUGUGCUGCUGCAGGAGACGUAAAGGGAAACCCAAAAGGAAGAGUAAAUAUAAGAUUUUGGAUGCUACAGAUCAAGAGAGCCUGGAGUUAAAACCAAAUCCCAAAGCAGGCAACAAACAGAAAUCCCAGGCCCAGAACACCAGCCUCAUGCAUUCCGAGUCUGAGCUGGACAGUGACGAAGCCAUCUUUACGUGGCCAGAUCGGGAGAAGGGGAAGCUGCUGCACAACCAGAACGGUUUCCUGCGCAACGGACAGGCGACACCCAAGCUGAAAAAACAGCGGGAGGAGAUCCUAUAGCUGUAGGCCACUGCACACAAAGGGCCAGCAAAUGACAAUGCAGAAGGCUGUUUGGCUCCUCGGUUGCACGAGGCGCCCUAGGAGACCAGCGGUGUUGUGCUUUGCAGAGCACCUCACAUAUGGAGACUAUCUUUUGUUUACUACUAAUCUUUUUAAAUUUUUCAAGUUGAACUGCCUGUACUUGAAUCUGGACUUUAAUGGAAAUUUUGACAAAUGAAGCUGUGAAACAAAGACUGUGAAGGGCAGGUUCUUGUUCUGCAAUGCUGCAGGACUGAAAAAGCACUCUGGUAAAGAGUACCAGCUUGCCCAGGAUUGCGCCGUGGAGCCCUGCUUUGCCCCCCGCAAAAAAACUGGUUUGCUGCAGGGAUGGCAGUCUUCUCCACGCAUGCCCUCUUGCGUUGGUUUCACUCGCAAGAACCACACCUUGGCUUCUGCCUGCCACAAAAACCGAGAUUCCCAGACUGUGGUUCUUCAAAACACUCCUCCAGUUGGGUUUCUCCCUUACCCUCACUCACAUACUUACCUCUGUUUUCAAAAAGUGAAAGGAGGCUGGGGAUUGCUGUCUGCAGAACAAGGGAAGAAGCCGUCUCUUGGUUCUAUUUAUUAAGUUAAAGGGUGUUUUCCCCUUCAUGUUUUCGAUUAAGGUUAGUCUUGCCACUGGCGGGAAUACAGGCACUGCCUUCAUGCCUGCGAUUCCCCAUCUCCUGCCCCCUGUGGCAGCACCGCACACUCACACUGCUGGAGGCCUUCCUCUUUUUAGGCAAUAUCACUGGAGGACAACAAGCCCCUCUUCCAGUUGCAAAAAUACCUUGGAUACACUUACUGUUCCACAAAACACCUUUGCACAAGCUGAAAAAGGGAGUCAAAGACACACGGAGCAAGACUGGUUCCUCUGAUGCACAGCAGAUCAAUGCCUUUCUCCCCCCUAUUCUCAGCUCUUGCAUUCCCCUUUUAUUCUUGUUGCGUACCUGUCAUGAGCAGCUGGAUGUUCAAUGUCACAGAGAUCUGUAAAACCUUUCGUUUACCCAAGCAGCCAGAAGAGCCUCUGCUGAGAAUCUUUUUUGAUAGAGACCGAGUUUUCUGCACUAUAAACCAGCUCUCCUCUGAUUUUUUUGAUCAAUGUAAGAUGCAUAGUUGUGUGAUCAUUGUGUGUGAUUUACUCCCCCUUGUAUUUCUCUUCCCUUCUGUCUGUUACCUGCUUUAUGCUCUUCACUGUCACCCACUUCACGUUCGGCAAACAUUCUCUCUCCCCCCAAGGUGAACGAAUCCAUUAUCUUUUCUUCUUCCCCUUCUGCUUCUCUCCCCAGGCAACACUGCCACUGUCUGACCCUAAAGGGCAACCAUUUCAGCUACCUAUGAUUUUAUGUGAGGAAGUUUAAUUUUUUAUAAAGUUGCAAUUUUGGCCUGUAGUUCAGAUCCAGCCUCCAGAGGUUGGCAGGUCAAAGUUUCCAAUGCUGAUUUUACUCCUUUAUUAAAGUUUGGCGGCAGGGGGGUGGUAGAUGAGAAUGCUGUACACAGGUCCCCCAACUCAACGUCUGGGGGAACGUAAAAAGUGACCACUGGGAAGACAAAAGUUGGUCCUUCUUGCUAAAGGGGGGUUCUGUUUCCGUUGCUGCACUACUGAUUUGUGAAGGUGAUGAAGAAUAAAGAUGCUGCUCAGCUUGUGGGGGAUCCUUCCCCCUUGAA